AUGGAACAGCAAAUUGUAAAGACUGGAUGUGCCUCUUUCGUUGAUGAUACUUACAGAUUGCUCAAUGAACUAAAGAGCAUUAUAAAAAACCUUAAGAAAUGCAAAAAAAUUCUUGAACCAAUCAUUUAUACCUCAGUUGAAACGAUUCGGGGCUUAAAUUAUAUAAAAUAUGAACUAGAACCAUAUUUUCAACAAUAUGAAGAUACCCUUAAUAAAUAUAAAACCUCGUUAGAAAGGAUAAAAAAAUUCGCAAAAGAAAUAGAAAAAAUAGAACAAGAAUCUUAUGUCUUUUAUCCAUAUAUACAGGUGAAUGAGGAGUAUGAUAAAUUGAUAACUGAGCAUAAGAUUUGUGAAAAAAACUUAAACUCAAUUCUGAUUAAUGUUAUCAUUGUUAAACAAGAAAAACAACAAAAAGAUUUUAGAGACAUUCAUGAGAUAUUGAAAACUAUUCCUGUUGAUAAUAAAAAUCAAACAUUAAUCCAAAUCGAAAAAAUAAUAAUCGAAAGAUCUGUUUUAGAUUUCAGUGUUCCACGUAUUUAUUCGUCAUUAUUGUCUGAUCCUCCUGUUGCAAAUGAUCCAGAUAAGAACCAAGAUGAGCAAGAUGACCGCGUACAACCAAAGCAAAUUGUAAAAAAAAUUUACAAAGGUAGUAUUGAAGUGGCAUGUGAGCCUAUUACUUUUUACAGCAAUAACAUGUCAAUGUUGGCUGAAUUAAAGAGAUUUAAUGAUAAUCGAAAUAUCCUUAAAUUUUAUGGAAUUUGGAAGAUUGAUGAUUUGACCAAUUAUAUGGAACCAAAGAUCACUAAUUUUUAUUACGCCAAACAUGUUUUGGAAGCGGAUAAAGGUAGUGAUGACUUUAUCUUGAAUAUUAUUAAUUGGGCUGCUCCUGAAAUGAUGAAAACGAAUUCAAGAUAUACGGAAGAAUGUGAAGUUUUUAGUUUCGUGAUGCUUUUAUGGGAACUAGCCUACCAAAAAAUCCCUUAUCAAAAAAUGGCCAAAGAUGAAAUUAUUAUUCAUGUUACUCAAAAUCGUAGAGAAACCGAAGCGCAACCUUUUUAUUCACUAGACCUUCUUCACGCUCAACGGAAAUAUUUAAGAAUCAUUAAAGAAGGGUGGUGUGGUAAACCAGAAAAAAGGAUUACUAUGGAUGAAAUUUUAUUGAGACUUUCAGAGAUUGAUAUUGAACUUAUUAAAAAUGAGGCAAAUAAAUUGGCUCAAUCAUAUGGUAAACUCGAUCAGCCCUCAAAUAUAUUUAAAUUGCUUGAAAUAGACAUUUUAGAUGGAUCUCCAAUUUUUGUUGAAUCUAACCACCAAAGAUGA